AUGUCAACAACGUCCAAACCCAAUGGGUACAUUUCGGAUGAGGCAUACUCUCGUAUCAUGGGGUUUGUUUCCGGUAUGUUCUCAGGAAUUGCUAAAAAUGCGGUAGGCCAUCCAUUUGAUACCGUCAAAGUACGUCUUCAGACUUCGCAAGGUACAGGAAGAUUCAAAGGACCACUUGAUUGUGUUUAUCAGACUUUCAGACAACAGGGUGUUCGAGGAUUUUAUCUUGGCUUUACUCCUCCACUUGUGGGAUGGAUCAUGAUGGACUCUGUGAUGCUGGGAUGUUUGCAUAAUUAUAGAAUGUUACUACGCAAAUACGUCUAUCACCAGGAAGACAAAUUGCCAUUAUCUGGCUGCAUAAUUAGUGGUGUUAUGGCUGGUUGGUCUGUGAGUUUCAUUGCUGCGCCUGUUGAGUUGGCCAAAGCAAAGCUGCAGGUACAGUAUGACGCGAAGACAACUAAAUAUAAAGGUCCCAUAGAUGUCAUAAGGAAAGUGUAUUCAGCCAACGGAAUUAGAGGGCUUUACAAAGGGUUAAUCAGUACUUUAAUUUUCAGAACUCACUUCAUUUAUUGGUGGGGAUCUUACGAGCUAUUAACACGUUGGUUCAAGAAAAAUACCAACUUGAGUGACACGGCUAUCAACUUUUGGUCUGGUGGUUUUAGUGCUUCGUUUGGCUUUUGGACUACUGCAUACCCAAGUGACGUUGUAAAGCAGGUCAUUCUUUGUAGCGAUAAGUACGACGGCAGCUUCAAGUCUUGGCGCAUGGCGGUCAGCGACAUAUGGCGGACGAGAGGCAUACACGGCUUCUUCAAGGGAUUUGUGCCAAGUUUCUUGAGAAGUUUCCCUGCAAAUGCUGCUGCACUUGCUGCAUUCGAAUUUGUGCUGAGAACAAGCGGUGCAAAGGCAUAUGCUAAAUGA